UUCUUGCAUGAUAACUGAUUGCUUUUCUUCUUGUUCAGGGAAAGUCCAUCAGAAUGAUGGGAGUGUCUGAACAUGAGGUUGAUGAAGUUUUACAACAUGCAAAGACAAACUUAAGGAUAGCUGGAUUUGAUGAAGAGGAAAUGAGAUUGAGGCAGCGAAUGUCAUACAGGCCUCAUACUCUGAAACUUCCACAAGGACCUUAUAUCUUUUGUGAUUUCCGAACACUUCAACUUCCAGGAAUUGAGUUGAACCCUCCGGUGUCAGAGGCAUUGAAAAGAAUGCACAUGCUUGCUGCAGAUCCUGGAAUUAUUUCUGUCAUGAACAAGCAUCGUUGGCGUGUGGGAAUCAUGACUGAGAUGGCCCCUGUUGGUUAUGUUGGCAUAAGUCCCAAAUGCAUCCUCGGGUUCAAUAAGAACCACGGGCAGGAGAUAUCUCUGCGCCUCCGAACUGAUGACCUUAAGGGUUUCAAGAAAUAUGAAAGUAUCAUGCCCGUGUAGUUUUUUAAUGUAUGUCUUACAUGUAUAUAUCAAUAUGCAUGUAUCUAUCUAUAUACACAAAUAGCCUUACGCUCCUCAAGCAUGUUAGUUGGGUCAUUGAUUAGGAUUACAAUUCAAUGAAUUCACUCAAGUAGGCAUCUUUCUUAGCUUGUGUACUGUUUGGAUUCUUUAUUGUACCUAUUAUGCAAAUGAAAUGACGUAGUUGUUAACUUCCAGUAAGUGGUA